CAUGCGACAACAUAAACCUUGUCAGAUUGAUUACAUCUGCCAGUCGAUCCACAAGCGUUCAGACGAGUAGAAGUACCGCCGACUUUCCUCCGGAUUUUCCCCCAAUAAUCGAAGAGAGAAGAUUUUCUCUGAUUCCUCCGCCAACGGGAAAUGUCUUCUGAGGUUCUGAUCAAGGGAAGCAGGAUGGAAACCGAAGGAUUCACCACCAAAUCUCGGUUGAGGAACGCGAAGGUACUGGCUCCACCAAAUGCAGGAGCAUUCAAGGAAAGACCAGCGAAACCUACUGCCUUCAGGAAGUUUUACGAGAGGGGAGACUUUCCAAUCGCUCUCGAGCACGACACAAAAGGCAACAAGAUUGCAUGGAAGGUUGAAAUAGAGAAGCUUGACUACCACCACUACCUGCCCCUUUUCUUCGAUGGCCUGUGCGAAACGACACACCCCUACGAGUUCUUCGCGAGGCAAGGCGUCCACGACAUGCUGGAACAUGGCGGCUCCAAAAUCCUCCCAGUCAUCCCGCAGCUAAUCAUCCCUAUCAAAAAUGCGCUAAACACAAGGAACAGACAGGUGGUGUGUACGACGCUGAAGGUCCUGCAGCACCUGGUGGUGUCGGGUGAGAUGGUGGGAGAGGCGCUGGUCCCGUACUACAGACAGAUCCUGCCCAUCCUCAACAUCUUCAAAAACAUGAACUUGAACUCUGGAGACGGCAUCGACUACAGCCAACAGAAGCGGGAAAACAUCGGAGACCUGAUCCAGGAGACGCUAGAGGCCUUCGAGCGGCACGGCGGGGAGGAUGCCUUCAUCAACAUCAAGUACAUGGUCCCCACGUACGAGUCCUGCAUGCUGAACUAAAGUCCCGCUCACACAGUCCUGCUGUUGACACUGGUGUAGAUUAAGUCCUGUACAAGCUUCUGUUCAUUUCCUGGUAGAGACAAUUGGGAGAAAAGUGAGAGAUGAGGUCAUGACAAAUGGAAUUGACUAACUUCUGUUUGUCAGAUGAUGCUUUGACAGCACUGAGUUUCACCACCAAGUCUCACACUUUUGUCGCUAUCUCGUGUUCUUUAAGAAGAUAGAUGCAAUUCUCACAAUUCAUACCUCAAAUGGGGAUAGACCUUGUGUAUCCUGUACCAAAAGUUGUCUUUUCUCAGCUCUAUUAUAGUUUAUUACUUUAUUCCAAUUUCAGCUACCCUACAAGUCUACAAGACUUACAGUAUACAUCUCCUUCAGAUCAAUGAAACUUGUUGAACCCAUCAGUAGAAUGCAUGUAUUUUAGCUGCUUGAUUACAAAAUCUGUGCUGAAAUGAAAUGUCUUCUCAAAGAGUCAGCAGUGAACUAUGGAUUAGAAUUCUACAUGCAACUUUUCGUCUAUAGAUGGAAAAGUAGAAUAUGAUCAUAUUAAAGUGAAUUCAGACAGCACACCCAGAGUCAUCCGUAUAUCUUUAGCCUAAGCUCAUGUAUAAUAUUGCUGAUGCCUCAUAUGUGUCAAAAGUAGAGCCUUGCACAAGACUAUGUCAAACAUGUAGAAAAGUCUAACUGCUCUCUCAACAUAUGUACUAUUUUUGAUGUCAUCUUAUUUGUGUAGUGUCUCCAGACUAUGAUCAAAGAGGUUUAAAAGAGACUUUCUCUUUUUACCCUCAUUGUAACCUGAAUGUUAAGACAUCAUGACAAAUGACCAAUCGCUACAUUUUGACAGACUUUUGAAAAUGACAGUCAGCUGAAAAUAUAUCGGUGUUUGUCUGAUCUAAUUCUGGAUUUCUCUCGAUAAAGUUCAGAAGUCGACUUCUCACCAUCAGAUGUGUGUGAAAGUGCGGCCGAGCAAAUUUGCUCAUGUCCGCAUAUUUGUUCAGCACAGUAGCGUGGCAACUCAGCACUCCCAGCACACAAACGACUUAACAAAUGGUUAUGCCACAUUUUUUAUUCACUCUACUGGCCCGGCUGAAGGGAAAAAAAGUUGUCAUGUAUAUUCCAGAAACAUUCCGAUUUCAUUAGUAGAGUAUUUGAAUACUGUGUGUUUUAUCCAAGACAUAGGUGGUGCAACGUAUAUGUUGACUGAAUGUGAAAGUGUAUAAAGAUACUGUCUAAUGUGUAAAUACGCCUUCUAGUUGACCGUUUGGAUUUGCCUAAGCAAGUGGGAUAUUCCUGUGUACAUUAGGGAUGGGGUCUUUCUCUCGUUAACUACCAUUUCACUGAUUAGAGUGUUUGAAAUUCACACCACAACGGCAAGCUAGCGACAUAUAGUUUUGUGCUUUUCUUUGUACUGCUGCAUUGUAUGUAAUUUUGAAUAAAGGCCAUUACUGGUACAAUA